AUGCGGGCAGGUCGGUAUGACGUAGGCCCCACGCCUCCUGCCGGGGGGGAUGAUUUAGUCACGUGCUCCAUUCACUCUAGCCGACGGCUAGCGAAGUUUUGUCUUUGCCGUCCAGUGUACAACGCCGACCGUGUCUUGGUCGGUUAUACCUACGAGUGCAAAGAGGGAAUGCAGUGUGCGGCCUCGGUGUCUAGGAAUUCGUUUGUCCAGCGACACCAGAUUAAGGACCCUAUUGAAGGCCACGACGGCGCCCUUCCAACACCAUUGGUGACAUCGAUGGCACCAGCACUGGCGACAGCUGCGGACAUUGCGACGGCACCCGAAAAAGAGGCCGCACCACAGCAGCCAAGGGCGGGGGCUGCGCGUGACCCCAACCGUUACUACGACCUCACCAACCAGCGGGAUUCGGGUGCGACAGGGGUGAAAAAGGUCUGCUGGAACUGUGGCAUGGAGGGACACGAAAAACCCGAGUGCCGUAAUUCAUUGUGCAAAACGUGCCACACCCUACGAGGCUAUCACCACCUCUGUCAAGAGCCACGUCCUUCACCUUUCCUGAUCGUGUCUCCUGCUCUUCUUUUAUCGGAGGACAUGUCUUCUGUGCGAUGUGUAUCGUGUUCUUCACUGGGUCAUUUUGAUUGCUCCCCGUGCCGCGAACCAAGACUUUCCUCGUGUUGUUUCUGUGGGGAGCGGGGACACAACGCCUAUGACUGCCGUCGGCGGAAGGAACAGGUGCCGGACCGUUGGGUAACUCGAACAAAGGAAGCGGAGUACGGCAUGCGUUUUGGGGAGAAUGGUGGCGUUUUUCCUUUGGCGCCCUCAGUUUCCACCACCUUUGCCACCGCGAAUACCCCACCGAGCCAUACUCAGGGCUAUGCAUGGAGGGGGCGAGGUACGCCUUCUCGUGGUGGUGCCUGGAACGCUGACAUGAAGGCAAAUGAAUUUUACGCCAAGGGGGGCAACACCGGUGGGAACUGCGCAAGGAAUGCUCACCCCUACAAUGAUAGAAAGGCAUACGCCGGAUACAACGAGAGCAGUUACAACGCCGCUCGCACGGGGGCGGAUUAUUAUUCGCAGUACGGAAAGAAACGCUCUCGUAGCGACGAUGAGGCCUCUCGUCGAAAUCAUCAUUAUCAUAAUAAUAACCGGACACCCAAGCACUACCGUGACGCUGAUUGGGAGCAUGAAGGCAACCAAAGGAUGGGCAGGAACUACACCUACGGCGGAGGUGGAGAUGCGAGGCAGCAUGCGCACCAGCUAUACCAUAACAACGAUCGCUAUCCGCAGCGAAGACGGCGUAGGAAUCGUGGUGGAGGCGACAGUGAUGACGACUGCGACAAUUUGUUUUAA